UCUGGUCCCACCUACCGCUUGUUGCCAAAACUUCCGACGUUGGCGAAUUGCUCUGUUGAGCAGCUCACACAUGCUCUGGACAACCUCCGUGCGAUCUACUGUCGUUCUCCGACGCCUCCACUUUCGUUGAGACUUCCCGUUAAACAUAUCCCCAAGCACAUCAUCCACGAUCUCUCCGCACCGGAUUCUGGAUACGCCUCCGCCGAAGAUGUCGAGGAGGAUGAAGAUGUCGUGGAGACAGGCAUCGAUGAUGCCCCCGACCCGGACAUUCUCCGCUCCGAUGCCUUCGAGCGCGACUUUGCCAUCCGCUGGCUCACAGGCUUGCCUCACGCUCGGAUACAUGGGUGUACGCACCUCCCGAGGAAGAGGAUCGACUCCGCCGUGGCCAUACUCGGCGCGCUUGCAGGCGAGCAGGAGGAGGAGGCCCUGACCCGAGAGUUCGUCUUCCCGUACCGUGAAGGGGAGAAGGACAUAGAAGUGGAGCUGAACGAUGCUCCCCUCCUCAGCACGGACCACACGUCCGUCGGCCUCCAGAGCUGGGCGAGUUCGAUCCUGCUAUCCGAGCGACUCUGCGCCGACCCUCAAGCGUUCGGGCUCGAGCCUCGCCCGAACGCAAUGCCACCACGCAUACUGGAACUUGGCGCGGGCACCGCGUCAGCGUUCCAGCCCCGCACCUCCUCCUCACCUCUCCGUCGUCGCAACGGACUACCACUCCUCCGUUCUUGACAACCUUCGAGCAAACGUCAGCAUCAACUUCGUAUCCUCGGGGUCGUCUGAGGACUCAGCGUCGCCUGUUGCCGUGAGGGCACUGGAUUGGGAACAUCCCGUGUACGAAGGCGAGCUCGCGCGCACGUUCAAUGUCAUCUUCGCAGCGGAUGUGGUCUAUCAUCCGGAGCACGCACGUUGGAUCAAGGCUUGUGUCGAGCGCCUCCUUGUACAGCCAGACGCGGAGCGUGGCGGCGAGGGAGGGGUGUUCUGGCUCAUCGUCCCGUUGAGGAUCGCGGGACACCACCAAGGCAUGAGCGAUACGGUUGGGGAGGUGUUUCCCAAUGCGGCAGUGGGCAGAGAGGGCGAGGAGUGGAAGCUGGGGGUGCUGGUCAUGAAGGAUAUGGAGAGGUGCAAGGGCGUUGGGCG